GGUCUGAUUGAAGGGAUCAUCCGCGCCUUCCAGCAAGAUCUUCACCUUGUAAUUCGUCCUGAUGAUAUAUGGCUAGCUAUUACGACUCAGCUCAGCUUCUAUAUCAAUGCCCACGCUGAGGAGCUGAGACACCUUUUUGUCACACAUGAAGGCCAGAAACAGCUGAUAGUCGACCUAACGCCACAAACUAUGGAAAACUUGGACAUGGCAUACGCUGCAGUUUUGUUUUCCCAAUUGAUACAAGGAAAUGUGAUCGAUCCAGAGCUUGCAAGCUGGAUGCUCCCGAAUUUUACUACUAGCACUAGCAACGAUGUCAGUGUAGCCGCAAUGGUUAUGAUGGCAACUACAAAAGCAUAUUUCGAAUAUAUUAUUCUAGUGGGCUGUGGCUUUCCAAGCGUUACGCUCCUCGGCGAGAGAGAAGAUUGGGUCAGUCUCCUCGAGAGAUUGCCAAAGCUUGCUGAAUUUGGCGAUGAACCUAAGGAAUGGAGCAAACUACUCAUCAAAGUGGUCGAAAAAAUGAUUGAGACGUAUGAUCAUCCAGACGAUCAGACUAUCAAAGAUUUCUGGAUGAAGGCAGUACACAAAACUGGUGCAGAAGCUUCUGGAAGGGGUUUGAAGUCCUUGUCGGGAUGGAUCACCGCUUUCUGCUUUUGGGAUGGCGAAGGCAGCAAAAUCCAUCAAUUGGUCAUUGAUGAUGUUGCUUUUCCAAUCAUUCGAGCUGACUCGGUGCCAAAAGCUGUGGUCGAGGUACCGGUCAAAGUUGUUGAUACAUCGACAAUGACUGAAUAUGACACCACUGUCAUAGCCGGCUCGAUAGGCAUGAUAGCAACCACAAGUGAAAACCAGGCAGUAUUUGACACUUUUCAGCCACAAUCAGGUUGGUGGAUG